AGCGCCCAGCCACAUCGUGCCCGUGCCCGUGGGCGACGCGCUGGCCGCCACGCGGCUGAGCCGGGCGCUGCUGGAGCGCGGGAUGUUCGUCCAGGCCAUCAACCCCCCCACGGUGCCGCGGGGGGGGGAGCUGCUGCGCAUCGCCCCCACCCCCCAGCACAGCCCCGAGAUGAUGGAGCGGCUGGCAGAGGCGCUGUCCGAGUGCUGGGGGGCGCUGGGGCUGCCCCGGGACUCCCCCCUGGGCCCCGCGUGCGCCUCGUGCCAGAGACCCCUGCACCUGUCGCUGAUGAGCGCCUGGGAGCGGCAGCACUUCCUGCAGGGGGCGAUCGCGGGCACGGCCUGAGACCCCCCCAGAAACGGCCUGGGACCCCUCCCCAAAACAGCCUGGGACCCCCAAAACCGCCU